AGGAUGGCUUCCAGCUUUAAGAAGCCAAACGUGCCCUCUACCAGCCAAAAGAGAAAGGUGGGUCCUAAGCCUGAACUCACUGAAGAUCAGAAGCAAGAGGUUCGCGAAGCGUUUGACCUCUUCGAUGCUGACGGAAGUGGGACCAUCGACGUGAAGGAGCUGAAGGUGGCUAUGAGAGCGCUGGGCUUUGAACCCAGAAAGGAAGAGAUGAAGAAGAUGAUCUCCGAGGUGGACAAGGAAGGUACGGGGAAAAUUAGCUUCAAUGAUUUCUUGGCUGUGAUGACUCAGAAGAUGGCCGAGAAAGACACCAAAGAAGAGAUUCUAAAGGCUUUCAGGCUCUUCGAUGAUGAUGAAACUGGGAAGAUCUCUUUCAAAAACCUGAAGCGUGUGUCCCACGAGUUGGGGGAAAACCUCACUGAUGAGGAGCUGCAGGAAAUGAUUGACGAAGCCGAUCGGGAUGGAGACGGCGAAGUGAACGAAGAAGAGUUUCUUCGCAUCAUGAAAAAGACCAACCUCUAUUAAAA